UUACAAGAUGCUGUUCGGUGUAUUGAAAGACGUCUGCUGUCACAACUUGAAGAUAAAGAUAACCAUACUGACCUUAAAGAUGAAGCCUUCAAUGUGAAAAAUAAGUUACACAAAACUCUUAGAACCAGUCUUGGUGUUGUUGACUUCAUAAGACUGGUUUCUGAAUUUGGAAAUCGCGAAGAACUGGAAAAAUACAGUUGCUUAGCAACUGCAAGGGAAGAGAGACUAUUUACUGACACAGUCUCUGUUACUGAAAAUAACUUUAGCUUUGAACAUCCUCAAAUGGAUAUAGAGGAUAAUUUGGAGAUGAUGUUUGGCAGUUUGUCUGAAAUCAUGGAAGAAACAACUGUAUGGGAUCCUCAGAGUCUUGUGUUGCAUGAUGACCCUCUGGAUCACGGUACGAACGAUUCCAUUAUCAGAUAUCCUAGAACGGACCCGAAACUUGAUCUCAAUUACACAGAGGAUAAUGAAAGAGAUCAUUAUCAUGCAGAUUUCACUGAAGACACCGGAGCAAUCAUGUCCAGCCGAUUUGCUAGACGGCAGCAGUUCUCCAAUCACCAGGUCAAAGGUCAUCAACGCCAUCCAAUGAAAUCUAUGUCUUUUGAUGAAUCCAGCCCAUAUGAUUAUGUUCGAAGUGAAAAUGAAGAUUUCCAACAAAAGCUGCUACAUGCACAAGACCCAAAUUUACAUCCAAGAUUUCAAAUACUCAAUGAACAUGAAACCAAUAGCGAUACAGGUCAAACGAGGGUCAAAGGUCAUGACUCUGUCCAGACAGCUAUGCAUUCCCUUGAAUCCAGUUCUAAAAAGUCAGCACCAGGGGGAUACAGGUCAAUGUCCAGAAGAUUAUCAGCCCCGUCUUCUCUUUUGAUUGACACCCUAAAUAGACGUCGACUGAGCGCGUUAUCUAUUCUGGAACGGGCCAAUAUCAAUACAGAGGGGUUAAAUGUGACUAGUGAUAUAGAAUCAGGAAUGAAUGAAGCCAGGCUCGAGUGGCUUAGAGAGAAUGUACGAAAGAAGGUUCAGAGAAGUAUUUCGCAAGAUGAAGUUGUGUAAAUUACAAUGGGACAUGUUACGAGAAGUGAUUUUGAAACUAUUGUGGGCAUUUUAUUGGAUCAUAUAUGAACAGUCAUAAGCAUGAAUUUUUACAUGACAUCCAUAUUUUUUUCAUAUUUCAAUGAAUAGAAAGAAAGACAUUUUAAUGCUUACAGCUUAAUAUGCUUAAAUUUGUUAACUUUGCUUGAGAUAAUAAUUGAAUUAUUUCUGAAUCAAUUUCAUACAUAAAAUCCAUUACUUAUGAACAAUUUAUACAGUUUGCAUCUUCAAACUUUACUGUUACAUUGCUUUUAAUUUCUACAAGUCCACUUGAAGUUUAAGGAAUUUCUAUAUAAGAUUAUAAUAAAAACUGAUAAACAAACAUUGUAAAACUUGGUCAGCCUACUUUAUAUCUGCUGAUUCUUGUACAAACUUAGCACAUUUUGUAAAAUCAAAUAUUCUCAAAUAUUUAAAGGGACUCCACUGAGGGUGUUUUUUUUUUUACAUGAAAGGAUUGAUAGAUUUGUGUACCAUCAUUCCCUUACUCAGUUUUACCAGAAUUAUCAUUUUCAUUGAGCAAAAUGACCUAAAUUACUCAAAUCAGACUAAAAAUAGCUUAAAAAUUAAUAUUAAAAUUUGAUUCUGAGAAUAUUUCUUUAUUUCCCUUUGUCUAUUUUUGAUACUGAAUUCUCCACUUGCUCCAUAUAAGAAUUUUAAUUGUAUGAAUAUCCUUUUUGACCUCAGUGGAGCUCCUUUAAGGUGAUUUUCCCAAAAUAUGCAGGGAAAUGCCUGACAUAUAACCUAUUCACUAUCUUAUUCAAGUUUUGUAUGAAGUAUAGGCUUGCUUUAGAUAAAAAAAAUGUUAUAAAUGUUAUAAAUAUAAUUAUGUACAAUUC